AUUACAGUAUAUAUUGUUAUAUUUUUGGAAAAUUUGAUGGUUUUUGUCAUCCAAGAAAUUAUAGCAUUAUUUGUUUCUAUCACAAUUUCUAAAAAUAAGUAGAAAUUUAUAGUUAGUAAUGCCUAUGAAGACUUCAACUAUCUGUUACAUACAUGAGUCCACCGAAUGUCUAAUGCAAGAAUACACCGUAAAGGAAGUUAUGGUGGUUGCAUUAAUGCAGUUUCUGUUGAAAGACUUUGGAGUUGUAUGGGAUUUUUACAAACAAAUGUUACAAUUAAUUGUAUAUAUAUUAGUUACUAUUCAAUUUAUGACUGAUGAAGAAACUAAAUAUUUGAUAGAUCAAAGGAUGUUUAGGAAUGAAGUGUUUUGGGGUUUAAGUAGUGUAAAUCAAAUGGACUUUUGGAAUAGUAUCACAAUAAAAUCAACAAAUGCUUUUGAACAACAUUUAUGACAAUACAAAUAAAAACAAAAUGGAAAAAUUUUGUAAAGGAACAUACUGCAAAUAUACUAAAUAUAUAAAAUUAU